AUGAACGGUCUAACUGUUGCACAAAGUUCAGAAGAAGACGUCAAAGAUAAGAGGCGUAAGAAAGAGGAGGCACAAUGUUCAGAAAAUGCGAGUUGUUCGCGGACGGUCGAAAGCAUUCAAAACAGUGAAGACGAUGCCAAAAAUGAUUCUUCUCUGAAUGGUUCUGAGAGUUGUUAUUCUUAUGAUUAUAAUGCAAUAUUGGAAGGUGAUCGACCAGACCCAUCCGUCAUUAUGGCGAAAGCGUUGAUGGCUGGUGGCAUAGCUGAAGACGAAGAAUCCUCUAGUGUUUUUUUGAAGCAUGAAAAAGCGAAAGAAUGCUAUAAUAAAAUAGUGGAACCGUUAAUCAAAGACCGUUUUCAAGCUGCCAACUGGAUGCGUGAGAAACGGUUGUUAGUGCAAGGAAUGCGUUGUCCAGCCUGUCAGCUUGAUAUGUUAUGGACGAAACAUAAUAAAUGUGGGGAUGGUUAUUCUUGGAAGUGCCAUAACACGAGUUGUGCCCGAUAUAAGUAUACAAAAUCUAUAAGGAAUGGAUCUUUAUUUCAACGUUCCCAUAUUUCAUUCGGAAAAUGGGUAAAUGCGAUGUAUUUAUGGGGUAUCGACGAGGAGGUUAAUAUGGCUGCUGUUCGUUCAGAUUUGUCUGCUAAGACUAUGGUAGAUGCCUUCAAUUACUUUCGUGAGCUUUGCCAAUGGUAUUUUGAAGCGCAUCCCGUUAUGCUUGGCGGUGAAAGCAGAGAAUGUGUUGUUGAUGUUCUUCCGGCCGUGAGAAAACGUAAACUUGAGGCGAUGAAGGACUCGCAGCCUAUGCAAUAUGUUUUAGUAAUUACUGAUAUUAGUUCUAAACCAAUUUCUGGAUGCCUAGAACUAAUUGAUAAUCUUUUACCAGAAACUAUAUAUUCUCUCAUAUCGAGGGUUAUUUUUAAAGGCACGACGGUUUGGUGCAAAGAUCCAGAAUCUUUUGAGCGGUUACAGUUGGAAAAAAUUCGUAGCGUCAGCAAAUCUUUUUCUGGAAAGGAAGAUAACGAAACUGUUGGAGACUGGCUACAGUUUAAAAAACUUGAUAAGGAUAAGAGGGGAAAAGAAUAUUUGCAAUAUUGGCACAGAUUAAAGACUAGGUUAAAAGGGCUUAGCGCAUACAAAGAUGAUUUCCGUAAAGGGUUUCUUUAUGAAUUAAUGUGGAAGGACCGGUUUACAGAAAACGCUUUAGAAAGUUUAUGUGAACAUAUCGCUGAAAAGUAUGCGUUUUAA